CCAAAUUCCAACCCAACGCCAUUCUGCAGUUUAAAACAAACGGCUUGGAGAACGCUUUCAAAUUGUAAUUUGUAAUUUGAUUCAGUGAAAUUUGAAUAAAUUUGUGGAAAUUAACAUUUACAAAAUAUGGAUACAAGCGAAACGCCGCGGCGCCAGCUGCGCAAUUCCCAUUUGGAGAACGUACAGAAUUUGAGUACACCCAUACGCAUACCGCCAUCACCAAUGCUAAAAACCCUCGGCAUGGGAACAGGAGUAAGUGUCUAUCGCCUGGAUCGUUCACCGCGAUUGGGACAAAUCCGUUCGCCAUGGGCUGUUAAGAAAAUAUUAAAGAAUACGCUGGCCAAAAAGGAUAAAUUGUUCGAUGAGCGUAUUGUCUAUGAGGCUGAUAUAUUGCGCAAACUGAAGCAUCCCAAUAUUGUGGGCUAUCGGGGCAUAGUCAAAUCCACUGAUGGUACGAAUAACUUGGCCCUGGAGAUGUGCACAACAUCGUUGGGCUCCAUACUGGAAGAGCGUCAUGAUGAGCAUCUUGGACCAUUGCCAGCGAGGCAUACCUUUAAAAUGAUCAUGGACAUUGCCCAUGCCCUGGACUUUUUGCACACGGAGGCCAAAUUGCUGCAUGGAGAUCUCAAGUCCUUUAAUGUCCUGGUCAAGGGUGAAUUCGAGAUAUGCAAAUUGUGUGAUUUCGGUGUUAGUCUGCCUCUGGAUGACAAGGGUGAGAUUAAUUUUCAAAAGAAUCCUCAACUCAACUAUGUUGGUACGGGUCUCUGGUCACCACCAGAAAUCGUUGAUGAAGCCGAGAUCAUUGACAGCAAGGCGGAUAUCUUUAGUUUUGGAUUAGUUAUCUACGAAACGUUGGCUCUGGUGCCACCACAUUUUGGAACUGUUGCCGAACUUGCAGAUGAAACUGAAAUCGAUGACGAUGAAGUUUCAAAAGAGAAUAUCGAACAGGAUCCAACAAUGGACGACGACGACGUCGCCGCCACCGCCGACGACGAAGAAGACACCGAAUUGGAUGACACAAAGGAGAAUGAUGAUGAAUUCUCUCUUGCUGAUCUGGAAAGUGCCUAUGGCACUCGACCACCAUUGCCUGUGGCUUUUCAGCUCAGCGAUGAUUACAAUUGUAUUGUUGAAUUGUUUUAUCUGUGCACCAAUGCUCUCAGUGAGGAUCGUCCAUCGGCUCGUACCAUUUGGCAAUGCUGUGAGAAUAAUGCUGCCAAUAUAACCACAUCGCUUGAAUAGGCGCAGCAACAGAAAUCAUAAAUAUAUCAUAUAUAUAUAUAUAUAUUCUGAAAAGUCAAUAUAUGCUUGCAUUUAAUGCAUCUAUAUAUAUAUAUAUAUAUAUAUAUAUAUAUUUGUGUGUAUGUGUGGGUGUGGGUGUGUGUGUUUGUAUGUAUGUUGGGUUUUGUGUGAAUCUGUGUAUAUCUAAGCUACUAAAAGACACUUGAUAACUGAAUUAUAUCGAAUCACAUCACACAAAAUCUGCUAUGAACACGUCAAGCGCACCAUGUAGCUACUGUGUAUGUAAUUGUAUUAUAUAAAUAUGUAAUAAGAUGCUCAAGUAAACUAAACGAAACAAAAACAAGCAUUAAAUCAAUCACAAUCUUCAAUCGAUAAAAACACAUAAAAACAAAAAAUGAGACGUUCAUUCAUUAAUACCCCAGCAAAAGUUUUGCCCUAAUAACAAUUAAUCUAUGUAUAAUUCAUGCACUAUCUGUAUUAAAAACAAAAAAAACAACCAACUCGCCAAUUCUGAACGACAAUUUACUAGUAGAUUAAAUAAAUAAUUAUAAUAAAAAGAAAACAAAUUAUGUUAAAUUUUAAAACUUAAUAAUACUUACUUUUUUUUUCUUCUAUUUCAAUAAAUAUUGUAAUUCAUUGAUAAGAGUUUUCAAUGCUCAAUUCAUAUGAUAAGUUCCUCUGAAAAUUCGCAUCUUUCAGUAAAACUAGUUUAAGUUUUAGAACUCACAAAGGCACGAUAUUAACUCGUUUCAAGGAAACUUUGUUUAGUUUUGAACUGAGUCCUUUCGCUGAUAACCUAGAUCAAUUGUAUAAUCAAGCCUUUCAAUUCUGAAGUCAAAAUCCCCUUUUUUGUUAGCCCUCCCAUUGAUCAUUGACAUUUUUUUUUUUUUGUAUACAAUUUCACUUACAUUUAUUAAAAAAUAAUAAUACAUACAUCGAAAUAUUAGUUUCUGUUCGGGUUUCAGCUUGUAGUAUCCAGAAGAGCACACAAAUAUAUA